AUGCCAUUGAAUCCAAAGGUACAAAUAAAGUCAACUGGAAUUCACGGUCAUUGUUGGUUUGCAGCCGCCGAUAUAAAACAAGAUGAACAUAUUUGGUGGAAACGUCCUGAUGAUGAGAAGCAUACCGAUAUAUUUCUAACACGUAAAGAAAUUGAUGCCUUACCUGAUGAUAAACGUCUAAAAUUUCUUAGUUUAUGUUACCAAGUAUCAGAUGAUUUGCAUUGUGGUUUUGAUCCCGAUUUAGAACCGAUUCAAUCUGAAUUAAUUGAAGAUUAUAUAAAUCAUUCAUGCUGCGGUAAUACAUGGUACACAAAUCCCGAUCUCUUGGUAGCUAGUAGAUAUAUAAAGAGCGGUGAGGAGAUUACGUAUGAUUAUGUAAUGACCGAAGCAGAUCCAACGUGGAGAUUGGCUGAUAAAUGUUUAUGUGGAGCAGAAAAUUGCCGAGGUAACGUGACGGGAAAUGAUUGGAAAAUAAAAGAAUUACAAGAAAAACUGAAAGGACACUUUUUUCCUCAUGUGCAGAAGAAGAUCGAUGAUGCAACCAAACAAGAUCAACAGUAA